AUGGAGGCGGCCGCCAUCAACGCGGCGCUGUGGGUGCUGGGCAAGCCGCUGGACCCUGUCAAGGACGGCCUGCUGGAGGCAUGGGCGGCCACCACCGGGCUCGCUCCCAACAUCCGCGAGCUCAAGCUGGAGCUGCUCUACGCGCAGGCGAUGCUGGACAACGCCCGUGACAGGGAGCCCCGCAGCCCCGCGCUGGUGACGCUGCUGCAUGAGCUCCGCCGCCUGGCGUACAGCGCCGACGACGUGCUCGAUGAGCUCGACUACUUCCGCAUCCAGGACACGCUCGACGGCACCUACCAUGCCAAGAACUGA